AUGCUGAGGCUCCAGAUGGGGCUGCUUUUGACAGUGAUGCCCCGGAAGGGGCCAGUUCAGACAGCGAGUGAGGGUGGCCCCCUCACUGAUAUCAAUCAAUCAACAAACAUGAGCUACAUGUUCUCAGAGGCGUGGACGUUCAACCAAGACAUAAGCUUCUGGGACACGUCAUCAGUCAAGGACAUGCGAUGGAUGUUCCAGGACACCCGGGCCUUUAAUCAAGCUAUCGACUCUUGGAACACGUCGGCGGUGACAAGUAUGCGCGGAAUGUUCAACUAUGCCAAUUUCAACCGACCAAUUGGAUCUUGGAGCACUGGGGCCGUGACCGACAUGAGCUACAUGUUCGACAACGACCAGAAGUUUGAACAAGCCAUCGGCUCCUGGAACACGUCAUCAGUCGCAGACAUGACUUCCAUGUUCAGUGCUACAACCUUCUCGCAGGCCAUCGAUUGCUGGGAUACAUCGUCGGUUAUCAGUAUGAGCCACAUGUUUGAUUCCUCCGCCUUCAACCGCCCCAUUGGCUCAUGGAACACCUCUGCUGUCAAGAGCAUGGAAAGGAUGUUCAGGUAUGCCUCCAGCUUCAAUCAAGACAUUGGCACAUGGGAUACCUCAACCGUCGAGGAUAUGUCUUACAUGUUCGAGGAGGCCUCAGCCUUCAACAGCCCCAUCCAGUCUUGGAAUACCUCAGCAGUGAUAUUCAUGGGAAGCAUGUUUGAAGGGGCGGCUGCGUUCAACCAAGAUAUUGGCUGCUGGGACACCUCUUCAGCGACAUCAAUGCAGAGCAUGUUUUAUGAGGCUGUGUCCUUCAACAAAGACGUCGGGGCAUGGGAUACAUCGUCUGUGCUCAACAUGCGCUAUAUGUUUUCGCGUGCUCUGUCUUUCAACCAAAUCAUCGCUGGAUGGGAUACUUCUUCGGUCGAAGACAUGGGUUGCAUGUUCUUUGAUGCCUCAGCUUUCAACCAAGACAUUGGCUCCUGGGACACCUCGGCAGUGAAGGAUAUGAGUUGGAUGUUUAUGGGCGCCACGAGCUUCAACAAACCCUUGGGCUCUUGGGACACAUCAGCAGUGACGCUGAUGGAUCGAAUGCUUCAGGAUGCUGUUUCUUUCAACCAAGAUAUUGGUGCAUGGGAUACUUCCUCAGUCUCAAGCAUGUUUGCUAUGUUCUGGGGUGCUGCAGCUUUUGAUCAGGCGAUCGGGGCUUGGGAUACUUCGUCAGUCGAGAACAUGGACAACAUGUUCCAAAACGGAGCAGCUGCAUUCGAUGAGAAGCCCUGUGAGGCUGGAUAUUUUCCUGCUCGCAACUUGCUUGGCUGCGAAAGGUGCCAGCCAGGAAAGUUUUCUGCGCCAAAUGCUUCUUACUGCAAUCCUUGCGGUCCAGGUUCAGUUCCCGUGCCAGAUCGCAGCAGUUGCGCGCCAUGUCCGGCACUGCAUGUGGCUGAAGUAGACACUUGCAAAGCAUGCGGACUCCCUCACGUGGUGUUCCAGGAUGAAUGUAUUUGGUGGCAUCUGCCUUUAAUUGCACUUGGGGUUGUCAUCGUGAUGGUGUGCUUGAACCUGGUGGCCAUGUACCGGCGUGCACGCCGGACGAAGCGGAUCGAGGGAGUCCUAAACCAUCUUUAUGACGAUUUGUGGGAAGAGAUUCCGGAAACAAUUCACCACCAUCAUGUUGCUUUAGAAAAGCUCGGUGCUGCUAAGUCCUACGUCGACCAGCGUGUUCUCGAAAUGCGUGCCCGGCAAAGCAACCUCGCUGGAGUCAGCAUGCGUUAUCUGCUCUCAGCAGAGUUUGCGCAGUUGGCAAGGCAGCGGACUGGGAAAGACGACCCAACGUUCAUUGACUUGAAAACGUCGUUUUGGCUCGCCGAGAACCCGAUAGGUCAGACUCUGCCCUGUCCACGUGAUGGCAGACCGGGUUGUGCGCUGGUCGACUGGCUUCCACGCAAGGAUCGACGCGAGCAGACCCACUUCAUGUCGUGGACAUGGCGAUAUAGCAUUGGGCAGAUGAAGAGUGCGCUUCAUAUGUACCAGAGCACAGCUGUCCCAGCUAUCCAGCCAGAGACAGUGUUCUUUUUCAUGUGCUUCUUUGUUAACAACCAGUUUCGAUUGAUCGUUGAAGCAUGCAGUGCUGGAAGCGACAACCUGGAGGAUGUCUUUGAGAGUAACCUCUUACGCACAGGCCGCGUGGUAGCGAUUCUGGACACCUGGGAUGAGCCCGUAUACUUGUCCAGAAUUUGGACAGUGUAUGAGCAGUUUGUUGCUUCUAAGUUGAAGAUUCCAGUGGUGUUUGUGAUGCCAGAGCGGGCUACAAAUCUCUUACAUGAGCAGAUAGAUCGUGGCAGGCAAGGUAUUCGCGCCGUGACGCAGUCCGUAAGCAGCGUCGACUCAGAGAGGGCCGAGGCUUUCUACAAGGAGGAUGAGACCAAAGUGAAACGAAUGAUUCGGGAAAGCGUCGGUUUUGCUCAGGUGGACAGCCAUGUGACGGAGGCGAUGGCACGCUGGAUCGGAGGAGUUGUGAGUAAGAAUUUCCAUGAACUCAUAGACCAGUCUCGCCGCGACCGGACGCUCCGGCCAGCGAUUCCUGAUUGA